AUGUAUCAAGGUCGGCAAUUACAGACCAUUUCAUACCUGGAAAGACAGUCUUCCAUAUAUUCCUCUGGCCAUGAAAUGACUAGAAUCAUUGACUAUGACGGCGUAACUGUUGACCACCUUGUUCCAGCUGGUGGUCCCCAUCCUGAGGAGUUGCAGAUUAACAUCAUCGGGGUUGAGAAUCCUUGCUGCGGGUUCGAAUGGAAUGCGGAGAAUCAUCGUGGACAAGGUGGACCUUUUGAUUGGACGCGGGUCUCAUCUACUUUCAGCUUGACAUCAGCAGCAAAUGAAAUUCCGCUCUGUGGAAGCUGCCACACACAAUUUGAUCAAGAUCAUGACCCAUAUGUCUUGUUCGUCUCGACCGACUCGCAAUAA